AUGGAAGACACAGCCGUUUUAAAUGAAACACAUGUCCGUCCAGCUGGCCUUUUUAUUGGUGGGUUUACAGAUUUACCAUAUGAAAACUUGUUUUGGGCUUUUUUGUCUAUAGUUUACUUCCUAACACUUCAGUCAAAUGCUUUGAUUAUUGUCAUAAUAUGGCGUCAUCAGUCACUGCACACUCCUAAAUAUUUAGCUAUCUGUCAUAUGGCUGUCAUUGAUGCCUGCUGUAGCACAGCUGUUAUACCAAAAGCUAUAGACACAUUUCUUUUUAAUCACAGAUUUGUCAAGUAUGAAGCCUGUAUGUGCAGUGUCUUCUUUGUGCACUUUUUUGUUGGGAUGCAGUCAUUCUCACUUAUGUUACUUGCUUAUGACAGAUUCAUUGCAAUAUGUUUUCCUUUACAUCAACACACUAUUAAUACUCCAUUUAGAAUGUUGUUGAUAAUUGGCAUUCUUUGGUUAAUUAUGGCAACUCUGGUUCUAAUAUCUGUUGGUCUAAUAAGCAAUCUUUCCUUUUGUAGCUCUCUUGUGGUAAAAAGUUACUUUUGUGAUCAUGGACCAGUGAUUUAUUUGGCUUGCAAUGAUAAUUCGCUUAAUAUCGAAAUAGCAAAUUUGCGCAUAAUUGUAGCAAUAUUUGUUCCAUUUUGUUUUAUACUAUUUACGUAUGCAUGUAUUUUCAGAGCUCUCUCUAAAUUAUCUUCUGUAGACAGGCAAAAGGCAUUUAAAACAUGUACGUCACAUUUAAUUCUAGUAGGGAUCUAUUACAUACCUCUGCUUUUAACUUACUUCACAGUAAUGGCUGGCUACAGCAUUUCCACAAAUGCGAGAAUACUAAAUAGUUCUCUUUCCGUUUCUGUUCCUCCAAUGCUAAAUCCAAUUAUAUAUACUCUCAAAACUGAAGAGAUUAUGGAUAAAAUAAAAAAGUACUUCUUUCGAAAGCAAUUAGCUUCCAGCUCAAGUUAG